CGCACAACCCGCUAGGCCCCACACUUUCCGCGCUAACUGGGAGUGCGCGCCCUGGAGAGCCAGUGGAUGGGCGGUCCUAGCGCUUCCCAACCUCACUCCCGGCCUCUGCUGUCACACUCCCGGGGUGGCGAAAGGGUCGCCACCUGAGUCUCCAUUCUGCUGCAGUGGCCCCUGCGUUAAAGCUCUCUCGUAGUGCGGCUGCCGAGGCUGCGGUAGCUCCUGCGCCCCCGUGUUGGUGGCGCAGCCUUUGCUUGCUGCCGACCUGGCGGAAGGGUGCGGGAGCGCACGCUACAGGCAGCGUCGGUCUGCGUCCUUCCUCCUCCUAUUCCGACCCCCGCAUCCCCCGCCCCCGCCUCGCUCUGCGCCUCCUCCCUGGCUGCAGGCAGACCGUUUCACACAGCCGCAGCGCCCGGUGUCUGGACAGCCUGUGAGAGAUUCGUACGCCCACACUCACCCCGCCUGGCUGCACCCCUGCCCAGCAUGUCGGCGCUCGAGUGGUACGCCCACAAGUCUCUAGGCGAUGGUAUCUUCUGGAUUCAAGAACGUUUCUACGAGUCGGGCAACCGUGCCAACAUCUGGCUGGUGCGCGGCUCCGAGCAGGACGUGGUGAUCGAUACAGGCCUGGGGCUGCGCAGCCUUCCGGAGUACCUGUACUCCUCCGGCCUCUUGCAGGACCGAGGGGCCAAAGAGGACGCGGCGCGCCGGCCGCUGCUUGCCGUGGCCACCCACGUGCACUUCGACCACUCCGGCGGCCUCUACCAGUUCGACCGGGUGGCCGUGCACCACGCCGAGGCCGAGGCGCUGGCUCGCGGGGACAACUUUGAGACCGUGACCUGGCUCUCCGAUAGCGAGGUGGUGCGGGCGCCCAGCCCCGGCUGGAGGGCCAGACAGUUCCGGGUACAGGCGGUGCAGCCCACCCUCAUCCUGCAGGAUGGGGAUGUGAUCAACCUUGGUGACAGACAGCUCACUGUUAUGCACAUGCCAGGUCACUCCAGGGGCAGUAUUUGCUUACAUGACAAAGACCGAAAAAUUCUCUUCAGUGGAGACGUCGUGUAUGAUGGAUCACUGAUUGACUGGCUCCCAUACAGCAGGAUAAGUGACUAUGUUGGAACCUGUGAACGUUUAAUAGAAUUAGUGGACAGAGGUCUGGUAGAGAAGGUGCUUCCUGGGCACUUCAAUACCUUUGGUGCUGAAAGGCUUUUUCGACUGGCUUCUAACUAUAUUUCAAAAGCCGGGAUAUGUCACAAAGUUUCUACUUUUGCCAUGCGAUCUCUUGCAAGUUUAGCUCUACGUGUAACAAAUUCUAGGACCUCACCCUAGUAUCUAUACCGAUAAUAUAUUUUGAUUAAUUAUAUACAUUAAUUCAUUCUUUGCUAUUUAACUGAUUAAUAGUGAGCAUUUCAUGAAGUGCUUUUAUACCACUAUUACAUAUCAGAGAAAGAUUGAGAAUGAAUAAGCCAAAAAGAAAAUUGUUAGUUUAAAUUGUUUUCUUUCUUCCAAGAAAGAAGCCACUUAAAUAAGCUUAUACUUUGCCAAAGCUGUCAUCUUGUAAUAUAUGCUCUAGAAGUGACAUAAAGGUUUAUGGGGAAGCAAAGAGAGAUUUUAUGGCAAGAGAAAGAACUGCCCUUGCCUCUGUUUGUCUUGUUUUAUUUCCUUGAUGACCUAGGAAAAAAGGCAUGUAGAGUAUUAUGUUUAUACUUUAAACUUGAUAUUUUUAGUGUAUUAUUUAAAGAUAAAGGUUCUUGGGUUUAAAAUACAUUAGAACUUAAUGCAGACAUAUAAAGUAACAUUGAGAAUGACAACUAAAACAUUCCAUUGUUAUGGUCCUGAUUUUUUUAUGCUUCAUUUCAUGUAUUUAUUCUUUGUAUAAUUAUAGCAUACAUGACAUGUUAUGUAAUAUAACUUAUGAAAAGUACAGUGAAUUUUUCUUUAUUGCAAAGCUUUAAAUAUAAAUUUCAGAGUGCUUCAGUAAAAAGCUACUAUAUAUUGUUAUUGUGUAAGUAAUAUUUUCAAUUAUGAAAGUGAAAUGCAAAUGUCUGUUAUCUAACUACAAAUUGUCAGAUUUCUUAAAAGGACACUGUCAGGCAAAUUUGAAAAUAUACACAUUGAGAAUAAUUUUUUAUUAUUAUAUCCUAUUUUAAUAUUAACAGCUAUUAUAAACAAAAUUUUUCCUGUUAAAUAGCGACUUCAGUAUUGUGUUAUGUUUUACAGUAUUAAAACAACUAUGAAGAUCUGCAGCUAUUCUUUUACUUAACAUGCAUAUGUACUACAGAGGGAUUUUUAAAUUAAUUGCAAAAUGUGCAUUAGCUAUUGACUUAGAGUGAAUUGCCUUUUGUAUCCUGAUUCACAACACCUAUUCCUGUUCAGUAUUCUUUGUCUUGAAUAGAGAAGUCUAUGUUCGUAAAGUCAUAUAAAAGAUUAUACCACUAUUUAGUAAAAAGUUUUAGUUUGGUGCUGUUAAUAAUAAUUUGUUAAAAGGCCUUUUAGAAUAUUUCAUACAGGGUUUUAAACAGUUUUUUCCGACUGCCUUUUUAUUAUUGACAUAUCUAAAACCAAACUGAAAUCGCUUUGGAAAUCAGAUUUUUUAAUGUUAGGAAGAUCCAGCAAUUUUGGUUUCUGAAAAAUUACGAAACUUUUCUACCCUACAGAUGCCCAGGUUCUUUAGUUUUUUAUUCAUUCAACUCACACACACAUAAACAUAUACAUAUACAAACACAACCCCACAUGUAAACACACACAGUCACAUAUAUACAUGUGUAGCACAGCGCUAAACACUGUGGAGGCUAAAAAAAGUCAAAGACAACAUUAUAACUAAAAGUUGAAAGCACACAAAAUAUAAAUAAUAGUGUAUGCAAGUUAAUGUACAUUAUACAUGCAUGUAAGGGACAUAAAUGGAGGGGUGUGAACUUUGGUGAGGCAAAGUUUACUGGAGGAGGGGUUUUUGAGUCAAAUUUGGAAGGAUGAACUUGUUAGAUGGUCAGAGUUGGAAACAAAACAAUCCAAGAAUAGGGAUAUAAGCAUUGCUAGUCUAGAAUAGUCUAUUCCUUGUGAAAAUAUAAAUUUAAUUUUCAGGAACCCAGUAUAUUCCAAACACCACAUAUUUAGCAUGAGAAAAAUUGAUUUGUGAUUGUGUAUAUGAGACAUUCUUAAUGGGAGACAAGCUGAACUGCCACAUGCCACCAAAUGAACCUUUACUUCAGUCAAAAAGGAGGGUAUGAUUGGUUCAAUUAUAUUAAUAGAAUAUCAUGGGCAUUUCUCUAUGAUGGUCAUUCAAGGCAGUAGGUCUCUUUCAACUGAGUGCAACAUUGAGAAUAAUGAUUUGGUUCAGGGCAACUACAAAUAAUCACUUACUAAGCCUUAAAUAAAGCCAUUAUUUUUAUAUCAGUAGCACAAAGGAAAACCAAAAGUCCUUAACCACUGACCAUUUUUAUCAUAUUUUAGGCCUUUUUUUAAAAAAUCAGGGUAUAGUAGGCACUAAGUUUUAUUAGGAAAUAUUUAAACCUGCUGAAGGAUUUAUUUAUAAAAAGUGCAAUUUUUCAAAACACAUUAUUAUUUUUUAAUUUCCCAAUUUUUUCAGUUUUUUAAAUUGUACCACAACAUAGAACUGUGAUAUUUUGCUAUUACUUCAAUGUGAAUAAAUUGGGUAAAGUAUAUCAUUUAUUGAGUGCCCAUGCUGUACAUUUAAAAUAUGCAUUAUUUAAUUUAAUCUUACUCCCAGCACCAAAAGAUAAUUGACCAGCCUCAACACAAUUUUGGACAAAGCUGGUAACUGAACACAGGUCUGUCUGCCCCACACUUCUCUUUCUCUUGUAUCUGCACAAUAGCAGAAAAUUGGCAAGAUGUAUUUUUACUUUCCAAGAUGCCAUGUGUGCCAAGAAUAAAUCAAAUGAUGUUAAAGCAUAACAAUAACAUAUCUUUAAAAAGCUUCUCAAAAUAUAUUUUCACCCUGACAGUGACCCUUGUAACUUAUGAUUUUUGGAAAUAUUAGUGUGUAAGUGUAAUUCAAAGUUGUCAAAAUGUAAGACAUUUAGAAGUAAUUUUUAUUAUUUAUAUUGUUAAUACUUAAUCAUUGGAAAUUCAUUUUCCUUACUUGAUGUUUUCUUUCAACUGAGAAGCCUAAAACAAACAAAAACCUUGUGUGUUAUCCUGAUAUAGUUGACUAAAUGUAUUUGUUCGUAUAUGGAUAGUAAUAUAAAUGUGACAUGCACCAAUUGUCCUAUUAUAAUUUUCAGAUAAGUGUAACUAAGCAUUUGUGUAAUAAAUAUUAAAGUAGUCAUUUUAUUUCAA